GAAUUGGCAUCUACGAAAUUUAAGCGGCAGCAUUUUCAAUCACAUCGAUUUAUUAUUUAUUUAUUUUUUGUUGUAGACCAACGCAUAGACGUAUUGAUACACGAAGAAAUUUAAAAAAAAAAUACAAAAUUAGUUCAACGACAUUAGAAUGUUGCAUAUGAAAGUGAAACGAAAUUAGAAAACAGAACGAAUAUUUGUUGGUUCAACCUGUGUUUUUACUUUAUAUUCAAUUUUUGUACCAUCUAUAUUCCGUUCAACGGAUCAAAUAAGUCAAAAGUGACAUUGACGUAUUCAUACAUCUGAGUUAUCAUCAAGCAGUUAUCUUCGAUGACGUAAAAAAUGCGUUAAUUUUUUUUUUUGGGGAUUAUGGAGUUUCGAACGGUUGGCCCAGAUCAAAUUAAAAAAAAAAAAAAGAUGAACGUGCCUUCUGACAGCGCUUGCGGACACACAUAAAUGUUUUGGAGAAUACAGCAUCCUUUUUAAACAAUAUUUUUCUCUUAUCAAUUGGUACACAGCUCAUCCCAAUUCAGCUGUCCCGUACGCAAUCCAAUUCACUCUCGUGCCAUUCAUUAGCCCCAUUUCGAUUCCUUGAUAUCCAAUGCAAUGGAUGACAGAGAACACAUAAUAAUUUUUUUCGUAAAAUGUGUGUAGAAGUAAGAAAGAAACACGACACACGAUGUUUGUGUAUGUGAGGAAAGUCCCAUUUAUUUGUGGUCGUUUUUGUUAUUGCUGGUGCUGCUUUUUGCUAUUAAUAUUGUAAUCAAUUGCUCAAAUAUUUGCUUGUCUCGACAUUCUAUGUUUCUUUUGCAUACAGCAAGUCAACGCAUACACUCAUAUGUAUGCGACGAUUUUACAUCAUAUUCUAAUACGUGUAUGGAAUUCAAGCAAUCUGGUACUCGCAUUCAUAGCACACACGCCGAGCGCUCAAUCACAAUGAAUCGAUGCGCUGCCAUAAAAUCACGACUGAUAUGUGUUUCAUCAAAAGAAUAAUAUAUUUGUUGUAUGUACCACACGUUUCAUAUGUCUUCGUAUUUAGUAGACUUGUCAGUCUACCCUUACGCUUCCCGUUGCCAAAAGAAACGAAUAUAUUCUGAUCCACUCAAGUCAAACAAAAGCCAAAAAAAAAAACAACACAUGAAUGUUAAAUCGAAAGUGUAUGAAGCAACAACAACAUACAAAUCUAUUAAAUGCACAUUACAAACAAAAACGAAAUGUGAUUGGAUCGUCCAUGCAACGAAAAGUGAACUAGAGACACAUAAACAUAACUUGGGUGUUGUUGGGAAUAAGGAGGAAAAAAUAGACAAAGCAUGCCAUAUUAAAUAAAAAUAACUGACAACACUAAUGAUAAAAACUUGUGUGGAUGAAAAUUAAUAUUUUCAGUGUGAAUUGUGCUGGUGUAACGCAAGAGUAUUACAGUUUGGCGAGCCGGGGAAUACACAAUAGACUGCUUUUUUUGGUCAGACAUAUUAUUAUUUUUUUUUAUUAAUUUGAAAAAAUUGAAAAACGAAGAGCAAGAAUUGAUUGUCAUUGGAAAGAAAAGAAAAGAAAAAGGUAGACAAAAAGUGGUUUCAAUCAUUUGUUGGACGAAAUUCGAUAUUUGAAAAACGUCACAGUGGCCGCGGCGAAAAGAGCUGGUGAAGGUGCCAAGCGUGGCCACCUUUCAGCUCCACCAUCAACAAUUAGUUCACGACAGAGCUCUGUCGAUGGUAAUAUGCAAAGAUGUGGUCUUUGCUCAAUGUUUUCACGAUUGGUACGACGUGCCAUGUGCGUUGGAUCCUCAAGACGUGGCAGUGGUGAAUCAUAUUACCAAGAAUUGGCUGACACAACUGUGAGUAACAAUUGCAAACGCGCAGAAAUGAACAAUAUUUCACAAGCUAAAAUUUAUGUGGCUCAAGAUGUAGCUACUAUGGAAACAACAGACAGUUCUAUAUACAUUCGCUUAAAACCCACUUCAUCGCAAAACCAACGAUUUCGAAUGUUAGACUCCGACCGAGAUCAACCUUUAAUUGAAGCAUUAGUUGCCGAUGAAAAACUAGAACAUCCCCGUCGUCGCUUUGCAUGCACUGGCCGCUUUCUCACAAUGCAUAAGAGACGACGCAAGAAGUUAACCACACGUUCACUUCUACAAGACACCGCCAUCUUGGACGACAUACAUCACGGUCAAGUACAGUGUAUACUCAAUCAAGUGGGCAACUGGAAAUUCAAUGCUUUCACUUUGGAAACAGUCACUGGAGGUCGUUCACUGCCAGUUUUAUGUGUUCAUUUGUUUCAUUGGUAUGGCCUUUUGGACCACUUCAAGUUAGACGUAGUUAGAUUAUGGAAAUUAUUUACAUUAAUUGAAGAAGGCUAUCAUAGCACGAAUCCGUAUCACAAUUCAAUACAUGCAACUGACGUUACACAAGCAAUGCAUUGUUUUCUUCAAGAGACCAAAAUUAUGGAGCACCUUGAACCAGUCGAAAUAAUGGCUUCGUUAAUUGGAGCUGUAACACAUGACUUAGAUCAUCCGGGUGUGAAUCAACCAUUUCUGAUCGCUACGUCGAAUCAUCUGGCUGCGCUGUAUGAGAACACAUCGGUAUUGGAAAAUCAUCAUUGGCGUUCGGCCGUGGGUUGUUUACUGGAAAGCGGUGUUGCUGAACAGAUCCAAAGUAUUCGGCCCCAAUUGGAAAAACAAAUAAGCUCUCUUAUUUUAGCAACUGAUAUUACCAGACAACAAGAAUUUCUAACGAAAUUCCGAAACUAUCUCGACAGAGAUACGUUAGAUAUGCGAAAACAGGACGACAGACACUUUAUUUUACAAAUAUCACUUAAAUGUGCCGACAUUUCGAACCCGUGUCGACCAUGGGACAUAAGUAAAAAAUGGAGUCAAAAGGUAUGUGAGGAGUUCUUUCGACAGGGCGACUAUGAGCGUCAAUUGAAUUUACCGGUAACGUCGCUGUGCGAUCGUUACUCAACGUCGGUUCCAAAGAUACAAGUGGGAUUUUUUAAAUUUGUUGUGACACCAUUAUUUGACGAAUGGCAUCGAUUUUUGGGUUCAAAACUUUCGACAAAAAUGAUGUAUUUUUUGAAAUACAAUCAAUUGCAAUGGGAAAAACGUGUUGCCGCCGAAUUGGCGGAAGAGACUCGAACUGAAAUUUCCGAUGCCGAAGUGUUGGAAGAAGAUGAAUCUGUACAUGACACACCGGCUGACGGAGUAGAAGAUGAUGACAUUGCGGUCGAUUUAUCCGACAGCUCCGAGGUUCUACUACCUGAUAAAGUGAAAAUGCCACGCAGAAGCUCUCUACAAGUACCUAAUGCACCAACAAAAUACGACAGACGGCUAUCAAUGCCACUGAACCCACCAAAAAUCAUUUUGCCCACCAAGGAUUUAUUGUCUCGCGACGCAAUACGUGAAGAGCUCGAAGCAAAAUUAGAUGCUGACUCCUUUUCACUUUUAUCGUCAGAUAGUGAUAGUGUACCGCGCAAUAAAUCAUCUGAUAAUAGUGUACCUGAUCGCGAGCGUCCUUUAAGCGCUGAAACCCUGGUUCCGGAUCUAAGCAUCGCAACAAUGAGCAAUAGCGCAUGUGCCGAUCAUUUAAAUCGUGUGAUGCAUGGCUCUUGCAGUGGGCCAAGUACAAUCGUCACAAACACAUCAAAGCAUUUAGUGCGUCAACAAACUUUUCCCCCAUUGCAGCCAUACGGCUAUCAAAGAGCUCGCUAUAUGUCUGCUACUGGUGAUAUCAGCACAUAUCCGGAGACUUUAGUCGAAAGUCAUUCGUCAUCGUCCGAAUCACAGACUGAAGAUAAUCAUGGUGUUUUAGGAAUAAGUAAAAAAGACAGUUUCAAACGUGAAAAAGAACAAAAUUCAACCGCAUCCGAGACGAAAGGAUGCAAAAUGGCCAAACUUUCAAUUGUAAAUCCAGGCCAAAAGGAAAAUUUAGAUCCGAGUUUUUUAAAGAAAAACUUAAAUCGUCGUCGUGGUUCAGCGCCAGUCGCUGUAGCAUUGCCGCCGAAAACCACACAGGAAGAUGCAACAUCACUCGUUUUCAAAACGUGUGACAUGUUCAUGCGCCGUGGAUCGAUGCCAUCCGAUAGUUUCAAAAAUUCGUCAUUCGUCGAACAGAAUCUUCCACAAGCGUCUUCUAUGGUGACAAGUCAACGACGUAGCUCCGUACCAAGCGACACCAUCGUGGUAUCAAGCCGAACUAACUGCCAUAAUGGGAAAUCAAAGAAUCGAAAAAAAUCAUUGAGACGACGAUCGUCUGGUGGUGCGGAGAUCUUGUGUUCUAUUGUAUCGGAGACGGAACCAAGUAGUAGUUCAAGUUCACCCUGGUAUCGUUUCAAACGAAGUGAAACAACGAAAAAUCGAUCUGAUCUAGACUUACUGCUCUCACGUAGAAGAGGCUCACUUCCUGUUGAGGUACUCACAACUUGUCACUCAGGAUCGAUGCGCCACUAGAUUAUAUUAAGUGGAAAUGGCAACACACACUGAGCCGAUAGAUAUAUUAAUUCAAAACAGUUCAUUACAUCUGUGGAAUAUACACGAAAUACAUCGCAUUUAAACAUAUUCAAUAUGUGAAGAGCAUGCAUCACAAGUACAUAUUUCUAUUCUUUAUGUAAAGAUUGUCCAAAAUGAUUGAAGAAGCGCCCCCAAAAGCGAUCCACUUUGAAAUAAUGACAUGUUCCAAAAACCAUUUAAUCCAUAAACAACUAAACACAAGCAUACACACAAAGAAUUAUAGAAGAAGAAAAAAACAAGAGGUAAACACACACAUUUUAGUUAAGAUGGUUCAUGGGCAGGACCCGUAUACUUGAAUCAGCAAAGAAAUGCACACAAAUUAUAUAAUUUAAAUAAGUGAUGGAAAAAAUACCGAUGCAAAAAUAUACCAAAUUUUUUUUGACAAUUAUUUGUAUUUAAAUUGCAAACAAGUCGCAAAACGUUGAUUCAAAUGAAAAGGAAUUGCAAUUUUUG